AUGAACAAUACCGCUAUUCAAAUGCUUGACUUGCGAAACAACAGUUUAAGCGACGUCGGAAUUGUUAAAAUUUGUGAGGCAUUGCGUAAUCCAGAAGUGGUGAAGAAAACUUCACUUACGGCCCUUGUACUCUGGAACAACAAAAUUACUGCCAAUGCGAUGGAUGCCGUGGCCUGCGCACUGUGUGAAAACACUCACCUGGAAACGCUAAACAUUGGAAGCAAUCCACUCGGUGAGCUAGGCGUUCAAAGACUGAGGCCUGCUCUUGGAGGAAACGGUAGUAAUCUACAUAGGAUUGGUCUUCAAAGCACACAAAUGACUUGUCAGAGUGCAAUACUUCUGGCUGAAUGUCUUGCAGACAAUUCCACUUUAAUCCGCGUGGAUCUUCGUGAUAACCCCGGAAUAGGAUCUGCUGGACUAUUAGCUCUGCACUCCGCAAUGAAAAUAAAUUGUUCAAUUUCACUGUUAAACUUGGACCAAAGCUGUGUUGUCGCUUCGAAUCUUAAAGUACGGCCAUAUCAGGAAGAUUUUCGUCGCUACUACGAAGACAUAAAGCGCUAUUGCGAACGGAACAAGCGUGCUGUACAGCAGAAAACUGAAAAUGAUCCAGCCUGUGAAAAUGUGUCAAAACCAGCAAAGAAUGAGGAGUCCAGCAAAGAAUCUGAGGCAAAACAACAGGAGGAAGUGAAACCAGCGGAUUCCGUUGCUACAGAAGCCGACCAUUCGCCGUCACAUGGCCAGGCUUUGCCUUCAUUUUCAAAUGGAACGACGUCAUCCGGAAAUAGAGGAAAGUUUGUGCGCAGCUCAUCGCUGACGUGCACUGAAACCGUUGCUGAUAUCCACGAACGGCUACGAGUACUCGGAGGUUCAACACACUCUUUGGACGAAGCCAAUACAGAUUCCACGAAAACUAUAAAAAAGUGUUCAACUUCUUCCCACAAUGCGCUUGGACUAACUGAAUGGGGAUCAUUGCCUGCAAUUCCGCAGGCUAGUUUGGCUGCGAAGCCAGUUGUGCGGAAACUUCGUCGUUUCUCUGUGUCACCAUCCUCAUCAACAUUCGAUGUUUCAAAACCUCUACAAGCUUCUAGCGCUCCUAUUCAAGAGCAUCCUCCUCGUCCGAAAACAUUAGCCGUAGGAAUCCCGGGAACGAGUGAAGGUUUACCAUUAUCAACAGUAAAGACAUGUUCAUCUCUUCCUGAUUUAGUGAAUUCGGGAUCAUCCGCUCUAGAUGCAAGAGCAAGUGAUAACAAGAACACCUCUGUGGAAAAAGGCAGUUCCGCUGAUCAUUCAAGCGCAGCUUCCACUGAUAAGCAGGACAAGGAAGAUUCAUCCAGUGCUGCUGCUACAGAGAUGAAGAAAUCCCAUCGUAAUCCAUGUUCUGAUGGAAGCACGGCAGAUGCAGAUGUGGAAGAAUGCUCACAUCAAGUUCUACCUUGUCAGCCACCUUCAGAGGAUAUGAUGAGGGAUGUACGCAUCGUGAUUGGUGAUCUUGUCAAUUACGUGCUGGAGAGCUCGUUUCUGUCAGAGCUGGAACUCCAGAAGAAGUGA